AUGCAGCGCCAACUGGAGCCCCUUCGAUUGACACCAGCUGGCACUUCUUCGGCCCUCUGUCCCCGAGCCUCCGAGCCCGCGCCCGUCGCAUAUACACACACUCGCAGAAGCACGACCAUCAUGCCUCGUGCCAUCAGAAGCGUGCUCAUCGAGUGCGACCCCUCCAUCAAGUCCAUCAUUGUCAACAUUGACAGCGAAAAUCACGACUUUAUCAUCGAAGACCUUGACGAGGAACGUGUUGUCGUCAAAGAGAACAUGGUUCCCUUGCUCAAGCAAAAACUCGAAGACCGUCUGAAAGAAAACUUGCCUCCGGUCGACGAGUCUGGCUCUGAAUGA